AUGACCAUAUUCCAAGAUCAGCCCAAUCCUUCUGCAGUACUUUUGAAAGCAGGUGAACUCGUGGUGCAAAAUCUAUCAGUGCCCGAGUUAGGCCCAACAGAUGUGCUGGUGGCUAUCAAGGCAACGGGCAUUUGUGGAUCCGACGUGCAUUACUUUACGCAUGGGAAAAGUGGCGACAUUGUUGUCAAGGACCCACUGGUAAUGGGCCAUGAGUCCGCAGGAGAAGUCGUGGCCAUUGGGAGUGCUGUGCAAAGUCUCAAGCCUGGUGAUCGUGUGGCUGUGGAACCUGGCGUGACAUGCCGUACCUGUGACAUGUGUAAAUCUGGGCUUUACAACCUAUGCCCUGAUGUGGCCUUUGCCGCCACACCACCUGUUCAUGGCACGUUGUGUCAUUACUACAAACAUCCAGAGGAUAUGUGCUUCAAAUUACCUGACAACGUUAGCUAUGAAGAAGGUGCCUUAAUCGAACCAUUAUCUGUGGGCUUAUAUUCAAUCGAGCGUGGUAAUGUCAAGGUUGGCGAUCGUGUACUUGUUAUUGGCGCUGGGCCAGUAGGCCUUUUGUGUUGUGCAGCAGCCAAAGCCGCUGGUGCUGCUUGUGUCAUGAUUGCAGACAUUUCACCUUCUCGGCUCAAGUUUGCGGCAUCCUAUUACACCGAUAGCCAAAUCCUUUUGGAUAAACCCAGCCCCAACGAACCCAACAUUGAAUAUGCACGUCGUACUGCUGCCAAGAUCCUUAAAGAAUAUGGUGGAUAUGCAGAUUGUGUGCUUGACUGUACCGGUGUUGAAACAUGUGUACAACUCGCUGUCUUGCUAACCAAAAACGGUGGUGCUGCAGUGCUGGUUGGACUUGGAGCAUCCAUUCAGGCACUACCUGUGGCCGAGAUUGCGAAUCGUCAAGUGGACAUCCGUGGUAUUCGUCGUUAUUGUAAUAUAGGUGGUGUGGAAGGUGUUAUUAAGAAUACCAACGCUGACGCGGCAUACAUGUAUGCAUCAUUUUCACCCUUGCAGACAUACCCACGCGCCAUUCAAUUGCUGAGUACAGGAGUUAUCAAUGUCAAGUCGCUCAUUACACACACGUAUCCAUUGGAUCAAGUCAAGGAAGCAUUUCAACAUUGCAAGGAAGCAAGAGAUGGUGCCAUCAAGAUACAAAUUAAACCUUGA